AACUUACCAUCAUUAUUCACAUCUCAAUUUCAACACCUUCUUUCAAAUAUUUCACUGUGUCAUAGUUAAUUACGUUUCAUUAUUUCAUAGAUUUGGCAAAUGAAGAGACAGAGAGAAGAGAGCGUAGAUUUGGCAAAUUGUGUAGUGCUACUCUCUCAUCCCAGAGAAAUCAAACGUCACAAACGUUUGGGGCCGGUGGAAUUUGAGUGCAGAACCUGCAACCGUAAGUUUUCUUCGUUUCAAGCACUUGGUGGGCACAGGGCCAGCCACAAAACGGCGAAACAAGAGGUGAAAGAAGAGGAAAAGAUUGUGAGAUUGGGAAAUAAGAGGAAAAAGCACGAGUGCUCCAUUUGUGGUCAAGAAUUUUCUCUGGGUCAGGCACUGGGAGGACACAUGAAAAGGCAUAGAAUUUCGCUAAACGAAGGGUUUUCUUCAAUAAAUCAGGCUCUGGUAAAGGUCCCGGUUCUUAAAAGGUCGAAUAGUAGGAGGGUUAUGUGCUUGGACUUGAACUUGACCCCUCUGCAGAAUGACUUGAAGCUAUUGUUUGGCGAUAAAGCACCCACAGUUGAUUCCUUCGUCUGAUCAAUUCUUCUCACAUCACCACCACCACGAUAACUACACUUUGUUUUAAGUAUUUGGUUACUUGUGAUAUUUUUCUGUUUUUCUAACUAAUGUAUUCUUUCGAUUCUUUAAUGUACAUGUUUGUUUA